AUGCAACAACAUCCGAGCCCUAUUGAUAACCAUAAUAAAUUCCAAGUAACUAAUAACACACCUUUAUCAAUAGAAAAUAAUACAACACAAAAUUUAAGUUUAAGUGAUAAAUUACGAUCAUUUAUUGUAAAAUAUAAAGUAUCACAUAAUUGUUGUAAUAGUUUACUUAAAAUAUUACGAAGUGAAGGCCUAGAAGUCCCGAAAGAUGUGAGGACAUUGAUGAAAACACCUAAAAAUCAUGAAAUUGUUGCGGUUUCUGGUGGCUCGUAUGUACAUUUAGGUAUUAAAAAUAUGCUACUACCUUUUUUAAGCAAGCAUAAUGCACAAGUAUAUAUCACACCUCACAUUUUAAAAAUAGGCAUAAAUAUUGAUGGACUUCCCAUAGCCAAAAGUUCCAAGACCCAACUGUGGCCCAUAUUGAUUUCAGUUAUUAAUUUUAAAGAAUUACGAAAUCAUGUGAUUCCUAUAGGCAUUUUUCAUGGGUUUCAGAAACCCCAUUCGAUUGAAGAAUUCCUUAAUCCAUUUAUUAUUGAUUUACUAGAGAUUAUAGAUAAUGGUUUAACCGUAAAUGAUACAUUAUUUACCUUGGAAAUAUCUAAUAUAUCCUGUGAUGCUCCGGCAAAGGCCUUUUUACUUAAUGUCAAAAGUCAUAAUGCUUAUUUUGGAUGUACAUCUUGCACUGAAGAAGGGACAUACCUUGAGCACCGUAUGACAUACCCUGGUUUAGAUGCACCAUUGAGGACCAAUGAGACUUUUAGAAAUAAGACUGAUGAUGAUUAUCACAAAGGUGACAGUCCAUUGAUACGCCUACCAAUUAAUAUAGUAGAAAUUGUUGUAUUAGAUUACAUGCACAAUGUAUGUCUGGGUGUCGUUAAACGGUUAAUAGAAAUGUGGGUUAAAGGCAAUAAACAAGUGCGAUUAGAAAAGAUGAAAAAAGAAAAGAUAAACUUUGAAUUAAAUAAUUUAAAACAAAAUAUUCUUAAAGAAGAAGAUAAGAAUAUUAUGUUAAAUGAUGGUUCAAUUGUAUCUGUCCAUCAUAUUGUUCAACCCUAUAAAAAACCUGUUAAAUUGCUUGUCAAACAGUUCCUUAACUAUUCUGAAUCAACUACUGUUCCACUAUCUUCAUUUAAAAUUGGUGUUCAUAUAAUUAACACUACUCAGAUGUCUGAAAUGAAGGUCCAUCCGUUGUUGUACUGUUGUCUGUCCCCUCCGUUUUACACCUUCUACUCCGGAUUGGUCUACUUUCAUAAAUCUGCUCUUGGCAUCUCGAAUCAAUCGGGCUUCUGCUUAUUUGCUCUUGGCUGCAGGAAGGAAUCGUCGAAUCGACUUAAGCUGGCAGGCGGCAGCGAUUUGGAGGACUUGCUCCACGACCAACUAAGUCCUACAAAUGUGUUAGCUAGACUAAUUCUGAUUAUGCUAUGGACAGAAUCUCUCUUAGAUUAUGGGUACACGGUAGAGAGUAGAGACUAG